AUACACGUGAGUAUUCGUCAGGCGGAAGUUGUUGUUAUUGCGGAAGCAAACCGAUGGAGCUACAGCAGCGCACAUAGCGACCUAGCUCAUUUCAACUCUGCGUGAUUUAAAUGUUAUUUAGCUAGGCUAUAUGCUGGUCAUUGGAAAUUUCGUUUCACGGAUUCCUUAGAGUACCGGUUGUGUUUGCGAGGACAUAACCAAAGUUAUUAUGGCGGACCACAAUGACAUAAGCCUGCCUCCGGAGGAGCGGGUCCGUGCCCUCACCAAAAAGGGGAGCUCGGUGGAGGUGAGCGAUGACAUGCCCCCCCGUCGAUAUUUCCGCUCCGGCAUGGAGAUGAUCCGCAUGGCGCUUAUCUACACGGAGGAGGGCAACAUCGAGCGUGCCUUUGUCCUGUAUAAUAAGUACAUCACGCUGUUUAUCGAGAAGCUUCCCAAACACAGGGAGUACAAAACUGCUAAUAUUCCGGAGAAGAAGGACACACUAAAGAAACUUAAGGAUAUUGCGUUCCCUCAAGCGGAAGUGCUGAAGAAAGCUCUGCUGAAGAGAUUUGAACAGGAGUACGCAGAGUUCCUUGUGAAAAAGAAGGCCGAGGACCUGUCCCUGGCGAGGGAGCAGUCCAAGCGGCGGGCCCUGGAGGCGGAGCGGGAGCGCGUGGUGGAGCUCCAGCGGCGGCAGCGGGAGCAGGAGCAGUUCAGCGCCUUCGAGGACCUCAUCCGCCGGCAGGAGCUGGAGAAGGAGCGCCAGCGGGUGGUGCAGGAGUUCGCCGCCCCGGGCACCCCGCCCCCCGAAGCCCCCAUCCUCGCCGGCCUCCAGGGGCCCCCGCCGGCCUACUCGACGGUCUCCCCCGCCACGCCCCCCCCGGAGAGCCACGGCGACCUACCGGGGGGCGCCGGCAACCUGUACAACGACCCCCCCGCGUACACCCCUGGCACAACCGCCCCUUCUGCACCCCCCACCUUUGACCGGUCGCUCAAGCCUGGCUCGCUGGCCAGUCUGGACAACAACUGUAACAUGGUGGAUGCCUUGCGGCAGCUGGUCGUGCCGGGCGAGCUGUGCCGGAGCUUCCUGAGGCUGGCCGAGGCGAACACGACCAGAGCGGUGGAGACCUGUGGCAUCCUGUGUGGCAAACUGAACCGGAAUGCCUUCACUGUGACCCACGUCAUCGUCCCCAAGCAGUCCGGGGGGCCUGACUACUGUGACACUGAAAACGAGGAGGAGCUCUUCCUGAUCCAGGACCAGUAUGACCUCAUCACUCUGGGCUGGAUUCACACCCACCCCACACAGACAGCCUUUCUGUCCAGCGUGGACCUCCACACACACUGCUCCUACCAGAUGAUGCUGCCGGAGGCCAUCGCUAUCGUCUGCUCACCAAAGUUCAACGAGAUUGGCUACUACCGCCUAACAGACCGUGGAACAGAAGAGAUCUCCACAUGUAAACAGAAGAGCUUUCACCCGCACAGCAAAGACCCUCCUCUUUUCACACAUGCGGGCCAUAUCAACAUCACAGAUGCCACAGUUUCCAUGUUGGACCUGCGGUAAAGUUGUAGGGUUCGCAACCGGACAAAGACUCCAUUAUGAAACACAUUAAUCUCAUUAGAGAACAGUUCAUCGUACGAGACAGCACAGCGCCAUCUACCGGCUCUGGAAUCCUUGAUGAACCUCAACCUCGAUUUGUUCCCGCUCUCCACUGGAACAAUAUUGUGACCAUUCUUUGCUCUUUCCAUUUUCCUUAUGUUGCACUUUCCAGGCGAAGCGGUGGUUUCAGACAGGCACCUCUUUGCCAUGUCUGUCUGUUCUAUUUUGCUCCCUUAGUUAUAACUUUGAGGAAAUAGUAUAACUUAGCAUUAAUGUUUGUUGGUGAAAUGUAACUGCAGUACGGGUUAUGUAUCAGUUGUCUUAAACUCUAACAUUUGUCUGUUCUUAAUUUAAUUGUAAUAAGGGUUGGGAAUGUCCAACAGUUAAGUGCCAAGAAAAAAGAGGAUUCUCGUCGUCCAAUGAUGUUUUUCAUUACGAUCCUGACUCAGACCGUUAUAGAAUUAUUUUCCUUAUUUUUAAUUUGUAUAUUAUAUCAUACUUCCAUUAUCUAUACUGUUGAGAAUAAGUACUAACAGAUAUGGAAGCCAAUAGUAACUCAGGUACUGUGGGCAGUGUCCCUGCCUUGUGUUGUGUCCAAUAAAUACAAAAAGACUGACUCUGUGGAAUUGUUUAAUUAAAAAGGGUCUUGUUUCAAAUUGUCAUAAUCCAUUAUUUUUUUUAAUUUUCCUUAUGAAAAUAUAUUUAUCAAAGUAAAACGGGGCUAUGCAAAGCAUCUGUGUUACAGGUCCAUUUCUCUUCUCUCUGGCUCAAUGCUUGAAUGUACCAGCUAUUGUACAUUGCUAAUCACCAUGGCCACAAUGCCUUCCUGAUGCCCAAGAAAUUUUGUUUUUCUGUUUAGUAAAGUCCAUACAAAUAUUUUACUCUGAUUCAAUAACUUCAUCAAUGUUAAUAAUCGGACUUAAUAUGACAACAUUUACAUUGUACUUGCUUUUCACUCAUGUUUGGGUUGACAUUCAUAAUUUUGGGUCUGUGGUUUGAUGCAUUUCAAUAUAAUAAUAAAGUUAUUAGUACAAUGGA